AUGCCGCCACUGCCACCGUCACCACCACCCAUGCUCCCAAAGCCAAAGCCAAAGGACCCACCAAAACAACAGGGAGUAACUCAGGUUGGAAGCACCGUUCCAGGUACUAUUGCACUUAUCAGUGAUGAUGACAAGUCAAGUGCUAGCAAGGCACGUAGUAUCAAGCGACAGAAAGAGCUUACCAAGAUGUUUUCAUUUGACAUUGUUGACUUCAAAACCAAAUGCAAUGAGGACUACAACACAGCACGAAAAAGCAAGAGAGGAGCUCAAUUGCGUUUGGUUCAUCAAAUGGAUGCCUUCCCCCUUAAGCAGACCCUCGAGAGCAAUGCAACCAUGGAGGAGGGAGCUGGGAUCGAUACAAGCUUCGAGGUCACCAAUGCAACCAUCGAAAGAGUCGACAGCCGAGCUGCUAAAUUCACCAAGAAUGCAUCAGGCACAGGAGGAGAUGUAGAAGAGUUCAUUGACAACCUGAAAGAGGGUUUAGACAAUGCAUCUGAUGAAGCAGAGAAAGAACUGAAUCUCUGGAUAAGCAACCUUGACUCGAUACUCUAUUCGUGUUUAUCUACCUAUGCAAGUGAUAGAAGAACUAUUUAA